ACUUGAAGGCACACAGGAUCAGUCUGAACGAGGAAAUCACGGACAGUGAGGAAAUUCUCCACUACAAGGAAUAUCAUUCACAUCUUGAAGGAAAUAUGUUCAACUCUGAGGGGGAAAUAGGGGGUUCCAGAUAGAGGGGCGAGACUAAGCUGGUGAUGGCGUUCCUGCUUUGCUCUGCGUGGCUGCUGUCGGCCGUCACUGUGGCCCUGAACCCUGUGUUUGUAGCUGCCUGUUCAGACCGGCAGUUCACCUGCAAUCAGGGGCCGUGUGUGGCUCAGGACCGUGUGUGUGACUUCACGGACGAUUGUGGAGAUGGCAGCGAUGAAGAGAACUGUUCCACAUAUAAGAGAUGUGACUUUCAGGAUGGUUUCUGUGACCUGAUCCAGAGCUUGGAGACGGUCUCUGACUGGACCAGAACAACGGAGGCUGGAGGACUUAAAAGGGACCACACAAACAAGUCAGGACAUUUCCUGUCCCUUUUACCUGUCGGAGCCGCCGCAGACAUGAGCAGUCCUGUCUUCUCGCCCACUCACUCCUGCCAGAUGAGAUUCUACCAUUACGUUGGUGCAACACACGGAGAUCUUCAGGUUCUCGUUCACUCAGCGGGUCAGAGCAGUGAAGUGUGGAGACACUCAGCACAAGCGCCUGAGGAAACGUGGGAGCGGACGUCGAUCGACAUCUCCAGUAAUCACAGUUUCCAGGUUGUAAUUCGAGGGGAACUUUCAGCCGACAGUGAAGCCUCUGAGGUCCUGGCCAUCGAUGACUUCUCCUUUAGUCCCGGCUGCGUGACUUUCCCUGUGACAGAGAGCAGUGAACCUCCUCCACAUGGAUGUCCUUCGUCAUGGUUUGCCUGUGGUGAUGGGGAGUGUAUCGAGGAGAGCAAAGUGUGUGACUUCACACCACACUGUCCACACGGAGAGGAUGAGGCCAGCUGCCCUGCUGAGUGUGACUUUGAGAGCGGCUCCUGUGGCUGGUACGAGCUCACCUUGGGCGAUGGCUUUGACUGGGUCAGGGGUUCAUCCAAGGAGGUCCCUCCAGACUACUUUGCUCACCCACCACUAGCAGACCACUCUACUAACAGCACCAAAGGGCAUUUCAUGUUUAUACUGAAGAACAGCAGCAGUCUGCAUCCAAGAGCUGUUCUCAGAGGACCUCUGUUCCAGCAGUCGGCCUCUAGCUGCACCAUGACCUUCUGGCAUUACAGCUCAGGUAUAUCUGUGGGAGCUGCUGACAUGUACCUUCGACUAAAAGGAGUAAGAAACAACACUAUCAUAUGGACAACGUUGUACGACCAGGGAAGGCGCUGGAACCAGGUGGCCGUGCAGCUGGGACGCAUCACCCAGCCCUUCCAGAUCACUCUGGCUAAAAUCAGCCUCGGCGUGUUUGACGGGGUCUCCGCUUUUGAUGACGUCACCUUUGAGAACUGCGCGAUGCCUCCGCCGGUGGCAGUGUGUCCUGCGGACACACAUUUCCAUUGCGUGCACACCAAGGCAUGUGUGAAGCGCCUGCAGCUCUGUGACCUUGUGGACGACUGUGGAGACGGAUCAGACGAGGAAGGAUGCUCUCCAGAGCUGCAGUGUAACUUCGAACAUGGGCUGUGCAACUGGAAACAAGAAAACAGUGGAGGCGAUAUGUUCGACUGGACCCGCAUCCAAGGCCCAACUCCCACCUUAAACACAGGCCCCUGGAGGGACCACACGGUGGGCACCAGCUCCGGCCACUACCUCUUCAUCGAGUCCUCCCUGCCCCAGGAGUUCAGGGACACGGCCGUGCUGCUGAGUCCGGCCUUUAACCCCACAUACCUGCCCGGCAAUGACUCGUCCUCGUCCCCCAACCGCUGCGUCUUCCGCUUCUAUUACCACAUGUUUGGGUCACAUGUGUUUGGCCUGGCAGUGUACAUGAGGACAACCGCGACGGGCCGCGGUAACCUGCUCUGGCACAAAUAUGGAAACCAAGGAAACGUGUGGCGCAGGAAGACUUUGAAUCUCCAUAGCGUGCGGGGUUUCCAGAUUUUAAUUGAAGGCACUGUUGGAGAUGAUUUUACUGGAGACAUUGCCAUUGAUGACCUUUCCUUCAUGGACUGUGUACCCCACGGCGGAGAGCUCCCCUCAGAGAUCAACCCGCCAGUGACCCCUCCAGCCACCACGGCUCUGCCCCACAGCUGCCCCGGAGGGCAGUUCGUGUGUGGGACCCACGGGGAGUGUGUUCCCCUCAGUCAAGUGUGUGAUUUCAAGUACGACUGCUCUGAUGGAUCAGAUGAAACAAAUUGUGUGAAGGAAAAGUGCGAUUUUGAAGGUGGCGAUACUUGUGGUCUGACGAUUGUCACCCCUUCUUUAUUCCUAAAACACGCAUUUCGCUGGGAAACUGACCAAGGGAAAAGCAUGCAUAAAGGGCAGCAGUAUCACCGCCCCCCCAACGACCACACCCUCAACAGCCCUGAGGGCUGGUACAUGUAUGCAGACAGCUCAAACGGAGGCUACGGUCAAGCCACUGACCUCCAGACACCCAUCAUCUCCUCCACUGGGCCGCUGUGUACCCUGAUCUUCUGGUACCAUAUGAGUGGGUUCACCGUGGGUUCCCUGCAGGUGCUGCUGAGGCAUGGAAAUGACACCCAUGUGGUCUGGUCUCAGACUGGUAACCAAGGCAACAAGUGGAGGCGAGGAGAAGUGUUUUUAGGGUUAUCAAACAACCUCCAGGUGGUUUUCAGAGCGAAGCGAGGGAUCAGCUACAUGGGUGAUGUAGUGAUAGAUGAUGUCAGCUUCGUGCUCUGCUCUCCUCCUCUUCCAUCUCAUCGGCCGUGCACAGCAGAGCAGUACGCCUGUGCUAAUGGUCACUGCAUCCCUUGGGACAACUUAUGCGACUUCAUCAGCCACUGCGAGGAUAAUUCAGACGAGGACCCGUAUAUCUGCAAGGGCUUCAGUGGACGCUGCAACUUUGAGUUUGACCUCUGUUCCUGGCAUCAGUGCCAGCAGGAUGACUUUAACUGGCUUAUCAAGGCGGGCAGCACUCUGACACCUGGUACCGGGCCAUCCAGCGACCACACGCUGAGAGACCCCACUGGACACUACGUCUACCUGGAGAGCUCGUUCCCCCAGGCGUUCGGGGACACCGCUCGCAUGAUCGGACCCUUGCUGAGCAGCAGGAGCUCCCAGUGUAAGAUGCGUUUCUACUUUCACAUGUCUGGAGCGGGUAUCGGGACUCUUAGCGUCUUCAUCCAGACCGAAGGACAGAAGCAGCUGCUGCUGAACCUGACGGGAGAUCAGGGGAACUACUGGCAGAUGAGGGAGCUCCCACUGAGCAGCCCCAGAGACUUCCAGGUGGUGUUGGAGGGCAAGGUGGGCCGCAGCGAACGGGGAGACGUCUGCCUGGACGACAUCACCUUCUCUCCUGGGUGCCUUCCUUCCCCCUCUGCUGCAAUAACGGAUGCCACUCCUGCACCUCCAGCAGGGUCCUGUCCUCCAGGCUCCGUGCUUUGUGAAAAUGGCAGGUGUUUUACUCCAGAACAGCGUUGUGACUUCACAGAUCACUGUGAAGAUGGCACGGAUGAGAAGGAUUGUGGGACUUCCUGCUCCUUUGAGAACGGUCUCUGUGGCUGGAAGAGCUCCUUGGCUGAUAACUUUGACUGGGCGCUGGGUACCGGAUCUGUCCAGAGUAUACGCCCGCCUUACGACCACACACUGAUGGAUGAGACUGGUCAUUUUGUCUAUCUAGAAGCGACGCCAGUGGGACUGAAAGGUGACAAAGCUCACAUUAGGAGCUCAGUGUGGAAAGAGUCCAGCCCCAUCUGCAAGCUCUCCUUCUGGUACUACAUUUCCCAUAACACUUCGGGGACCAUUCGGCUAUUGAUCAAGACGGAGAACGACUUUGUGGAGGUGUGGAAUAAAACAGGGCACCAGGGCGAGAAGUGGAACCAGGCUGAGGUCCCCCUGAGGAAGCUCAGGAGCUUCCAGGUGAUUUUUGAGGGCGUCCGAUCGUGGGAUGUGAGCGGAGGAGCAGCAAUCGACGAUCUGGAGUUCAUCGACUGUGCUCCAAGUGCUGCUGAGCCAGGUAAUUGCCCUGCAGUCACAGACUUUGUGUGUCACAGCGGCCACUGCAUGGAGUCCCACCUGCUGUGCGACAACAAGGUGGACUGUGCUGACGAAUCAGAUGAGGUGGAUUGUGAGUACAUACUCAACUCACCUGGUGCUUGUGAUUUCAACAUGGAGGACGGGUGGGAAGAGAGCUGCCAGCUCUUUCAGAACUCUGAUGACGACUUUGACUGGAGGAUCAGUCACAAGAAUGAGACACCGGGAUCUGGACCUGUCACUGACCACAGCCCAGGUGGUGAAGGGAACUUCCUGUUCAUACACUCAGCCACUCAGGGGGAGGGCGAUGCGGCGAAGGUGACAACCAGGACUCCAUUUCCUGCCAGCAUCGGUCUGUGUCACCUGCGUUUCUGGUUCUUCAUGCACGGCUCUGACAGGAUGGGAACACUGAAGGUGUUUACGGUUGGACCCAGCGGUACACCUCUGCUGAUGUGGGCAGCCAUCGGAAACCAUGGGAAGCAGUGGACAUAUGCUCAUGUCAUCCUGUCCAACCCAGAACCUUUCAGAGUGACCUUCCAGGCGGAGGUGGGUGGAGACGAGUGGACAGACAUCGCGCUGGAUGACGUCUCGUACACCCCGGAGUGUAUGGUCGGAGGACCGGUGACGCCACGACCUCUGACCUGCCGCGUGGACCAGUUCCAGUGUGCGUACACUUUCCAGUGUAUCCCAGAGAGCUGGCGGUGUGACCAAGAGCCCGAUUGUGCAGAUCGGACUGAUGAAGAGAACUGCCCGACGGUGAUACCCGGAACUCCUCCUCCUCAGGGCCGCUGCCCUGCUGGGUAUUUCCAGUGUCUGGACCAGCGCUGCCUCCCCUCCAUACUGCGCUGCGAUGGAGUCCUGGACUGCCCCAGCGGAGAGGAUGAACACAGCUGCCCUCUGCUGAAGUGUGACCUGGGAGAACUGGUGUGUGAAAGUUCGCCUGGGUGUAUCCCGCUUCAGAAGCGAUGCGACGGCUCUCCCGACUGUGAGCCCUUCCACUCAGACGAGUCCAGCUGCCAUGAGUGUCCCGCGAGGUACUGCCUGGAUCAAGGCUCAUGCUUCGUAGAGAGACACGGGCCUGUUUGCACGUGUCAUCCAGGAUGGACAGGAAACCGGUGCCAUGUGAAGGAGAAGCCAUCGCUCACCACUCCAUCACCAACACAAGAAGACACACAACUGUAUUCUGUUUACACGGGCAUCGCCAUCGGCUUGCUGCUGCUGUUAACGGGAGCUGCUGUGGGCGUUCUUGCUCUGUGCAGGAAAAAAUGUCAUUUUACAAAGCCCAAAUUGAUGAACUAUGGGGUGAUGGAUAACCCAGAAUUCGACUGGAGAGCAGAGCGCCCAUCAAUGGAUGAUAAGCAAGGUGGCGUUCCUGGCGUCAACUCCGAUAGGAUUGAUGGUCGUGGCCUUUCCAUCAGCGUGUACCCCUGGAGAAAGGAGGUGGAGCAGGGUUUGAACUGGAAAGACGCCAAGCGGUCCUUCUCCAACCCGUUGUAUAAUUACCCCCAUGGUGUUAAUAGAGCUGACUGUGGAAGCUCUGAAGCUUAAAAUCGAUGGACUCUAGCUAAAUUUUGGGCAUAUUGCCUUUAAUGAGAGAGCACAGUAGAGGUGAAGAGGAUGUGUGGAGAGACAGCCAGGGUCCGGCUAGACACAAGUCGGACAUGGGAUUCUUUUAAGAGCAUUUGGUCCUAGACACUAUCCAGUCAAAUAUUGAGUCUCAAAACUGCAGAAAUAUCUAAAAAUAAACGUUUUCAAAUGCCUAUGGUCCUAACUUCCUUUGUUUGUUUUUUUUAAAUCAGGAAUUGCCAUUGUGUCCAACUUUUGGACCGUUUACAACCAACGUCUAUCAGAUUUGGGGUGCGUUGUAAAUGGUAAUUAAAGGUUUUCUUUGCUGGCAAAAUUAGAAAACUUCCAGAUCACUGAACUGAAAUGCUCCACUUUGCACACAGAGCCUCCGACUCCUGGCCUGACUUCAUUAGUGAUCCAAUAUUAUACUCAAAAGAGUAACUGAAAUAGUUUAUUCUUAUUUUAUCUGCAAAUUAAAGUCCAUUACAAGUUGGCUUUGAGUACACGCUGUGUUUGGUGGGAACCGACUGUAUCUGCCAGAAAAUGUGCAAUGAUAAACCACACUGCAAUUAAAUUUGUGUACUUUAGUUUGUUCUUCACUAAGUGUUUAUGUUGAUUUGGUAAAGUAUAAACUGAGAAGAUAUGAUUAAUUCUGUGUAUUAAAAAUGCUCAAGUAUUAUGAAGCUUUACAGAAAACUGCAAUUAAAGAGUGAUGUGGUAA